GUUCGCUCGUGGCCGGACCAAGAGGACCAAGGCAAAGCUACUUCCUCUUUCUCUCUUGAAAAAAAAAAAAAAAAAAAAAAAAAAAAAAAAAAAAAAAAGCAAAAGAAAAAUGGUAGGAGUAGACCUAGGACGAGGGAAAAUGGAAAUGGAAGAGGAGGAGGAGGAAGUGAGAAAUUAUUAUAUAUUCACGUACGGAACGCUGAAGAAAGGUUUCUCGAACCACUCCCUGAUGGAGGACCUCAUCGCCACCGGAGACGCCGUCUUCCUCGGCAACUACCGCACGUCCCUCAAUUACCCCCUUGUCUGCGGGCCCUACCGCGUUCCCUUCCUCCUCAAGCUCCCCGGCUCCGGCCACCACCGCGUCCUCGGCGAGCUCUACUCCGUCUCCGCCGCCGCCCUCUCCCGCCUCGAUUUCCUCGAGGGCACCUCCAAAGGCCACUACCAAAGGCUUCCCAUCUCCGUCGAAAAUCCUAAUAAUAAUGGCGGUAAAAGGGCAGCGGAGGCUUACUUCGCUCACAGCAGCUUCGCCAUGGAGCUUUGGAACAAGGACGGAAGGAAAGGCUUCCCUUCCUACUCCAAAGAGGUGGCCACUGGCUACGUCCCCCGCAAAGACAGGCCUCACCAUCUCACCUUUCUCGACCACAUUCAUUCCUUUCUCCAUUCAUCAUCAUACUAGUAUUCUAUAUUAAUUUCUUAUUAUUAUGUGUACUAGUAUUGCUAAUGCAAAUGCUAAUGGUGAUGGUUCUGAUAUCUCUUGAACUGAAAUUCUGAAUCAUUUAUAUCAAUCAUAAAUCAAGGCAUUCACUCUCUGCUAUCUC